AUGGACAUCAUUUUUGUUAUGCAGACGAUGAUUUUGACGCCGACAAGUGAGAGCAACUUUAAAAAUUUGAAGGUUGCUUUGGAUUCGUCAAAUGCAGUGUUGAUCCAGGGCGAUAUAGGGUGUGGAAAGAGUUUCUUGGCAAAUACACUGGCGGAUGAAUACAGGGCUAAAGAUACUUUGAUUCAGGUAAAUGUCGAUGAUUCCUUCGACAGCAAAGAUUUACUGGGAAAGUUUUCGGCAACGGACACUCCGGGCGCGUUUGAAUGGGUUCCUGGACCUCUUACCUCUGCUGUUGAAAAUGGGUUUUGGAUUCUGUUGGAAGACAUUGAUUUGGCGUCAUUUGAUGUCUUCUCCGUGUUGCUUUCUCUGCUUGAAGAGUCAACACUGUUUCUUCCAGAGAAAAACCUCCGUAUUAGCUCCCAUCCCAGCUUUAAAAUUAUAGCUACACAACAGCUGCGUGCAGUUGGCGAUGCACUUAUUACUCGAAAGAGUAAUUCUAUACCAUUUGCGGAGCUUUGGGGCACUGUUGUGAUAGAAAACCUACCUCCCGAUGAAGUUUGUGAAGUUGCAACAACUUUGUAUUGUGUGCCAACAAACAUUGUUCGUGCUUUGGCCACACUUGUUUCACCCCGUACGAAUGUCUCAUUGGUGUCAUUGCGAUGCUUGCUAAAGUGGUGUAAGCGUGUAAGCAAACGUCUACCAGCACGAGGAUCUGUGGAGGGUUUUCUCUCCUCAACUGUUCGUGAACUGAUGUUCCGUGAAGCAUUUGAUUGUAUCCUGGCCGGAUACCCUGAAGGUAAUGAGUUAAACGCGGCUAUGGAAGUGCUGGCGGAUGCUGUGGGUAUCUCACUCAAUGUUGCAGUGUCACUUGUGAAGGAAUCUAGGCCUGAAAUGACUUUAGCGAGGGAGUACGUCACCGUCGGUCGUGUAACAUUACCCCUUUUUUCUUCUACAACUCCAGAACGAGAGAGUCGAAUUGCCUUUGCUGCCACAAAGCACGCGAUGUCUCUUUUAGAACGAAUAGCAGCGGCUGUCGAUGCACAGGAAAAUGUGCUUCUUGCAGGUGAAACAGGUGUAGGAAAGACGUUUAUUGUUCAGUACCUUGCAGGGCAACUUGGACAGAAACUAAUUGUGCACAACCUUAAUCAGCAAACGGACACGAGUGAUUUUAUGGGAGGUUGGAAACCGCUUGAUGUAGGUGUUGCUGUAAGGAAUGCAUACCAUAAAUUUGUGGAAUUGUUUUCACAUACAUUCAAUGCCUCAAGAAAUGUUCGGUUUUUGGACGCUCUUCAAGCUGCUGUGAGAAAGUGUUCCUGGGUCGCUGUAGUAAAGCAGAUAUUGAAGGGGUUUAAUACGUUUAAGUUAAAGAAUACCCGUCAAUCAUUUCCUGAGGAUGUGUUAAAUGAGUGGAGUUUGCUGGAGAAAACAGCAGUGGAACUAUUGGAAACAUUGGAAAAGGCAAAAACAACCUUUGCUUUCCACUUUGAAGAAGGUUCAUUAGUCAAAGCCUGGAGGGAAGGAUCUUGGAUCCUGUUAGAUGAAGUGAAUCUUGCAACUACGGAGGUUUUAGAAAGAAUAUCUUCAGUUAUGGGAGAUGUUAAUACCUUAUUUCUCACUGAUAAGGGAAAUUGUGAACCGAUAGCACGGCACAAAAAUUUUCAUGUGUUUGCAAAUAUGAAUCCACCUACGGAUGUUGGAAAAAAAGACCUUCCACCUUCUUUGCGCUCUAAAUUUACGGAAUUUUACGUUAAUGAACCCUUUGAUCGUUAUGAUAUCAGUACGAUUGUCAAUGAAUACAUUGGACAUUUAGCUCCGGAUUGCAAAACUGAAGAGAUAACAUCCUUUUUUUUGGAGUGUGUAGGAAAAGCGAAAUCGACACUCUGUUCCUUGGAUGGUGAAUCAAGGCCUCCCUCCUUCAGUUUAAGAACGUUGACUCGUGCCCUUGCCUAUGUUAGAAAAGCGACAUCUCAAUAUGGGUUUGCAUUGGCAUUAUUUGAUGGCUUGAUGUUGGGCUUUGCCACCUCCUUACAACGUCAGUUUCACAACGUUGUGGAACAGUUAAUAAUUCGAAACGUCUUUUUUGGAAACCAACCUCCGCACGCAACUUUACCGCAUUGCCCGUCUGAAGGGAACUACAUUGCGUAUGAACAUAUAUGGUUAUCCAUUGGUUCAGAGGAACCCAUAAAAGAUGAAGCUUUUAUUUUAACUUCAAGUGUUCGAGGACAUCUGUUGAAUGUUGCCCGAGCUGUUUUUGCAGAUAGACCUGUGCUACUUGAGGGGCCGACAUCAUCCGGAAAAAGCUCCAUGGUAAAAUAUCUUGCUGAACUUACUGGUCAUAAAUGUGUGAGAAUUAAUAAUCAUGAAAGUACAGAGAUUCAGGAAUAUGUAGGCCACUAUGUUUCAGAUGAGCGUGGGAAGCUGCGUUUUGUUGACGGUAUUCUUGUGGAUGCAGUGCGAAAUGGAUAUUGGGUUGUCCUUGAUGAGUUAAACCUUGCACCCACAGAUGUUCUUGAAGCAUUAAAUCGCUUGCUAGACGAUAAUCGCGAAUUAUUUGUGGCAGAUACUCAAGAAACAAUAAAACCUCAUCCUGAUUUACGUAUCUUUGCCACUCAAAACCCUGCAGGAAUUUAUGGGGGGCGAAAACUUCUUUCCAGGGCGUUCCGCAAUCGUUUCCUGGAGAUGACUGUGGAUGAUAUACCAACCUCGGAAUUAUGCACAAUAUUAUGUCAACGAUAUUCUCUCUGUACGAGUUUUGCGGAGAAAAUGGUGGAUAUUAUGGUUGCACUUCAACUGCGUCGUCAGUCCUCGCAGGUAUUUGCUGGUCGUCAUGGAUUUAUAACACCUCGAGAUCUUUUUCGUUGGGCGGAGCGUCAACCGGGAACCUACCAAGAAAUGGCAGAACAUGGCUUUCUUUUACUGGCAGAAAGGUGUCGCAAAGCGGAAGAGCGUCAAAUUGUGAAGGAUAUUAUUGAGUCUGUUACAAAAACAGAGCUCAAUGAGGAUCUCAUUUACUCACCCCAGCAUUGGCCAUACGUUGCUGAGUUUUACAGCUUGAUGGAGAAUGGAGCCGUUGAUGAAUUUGGUAUUGUAUGGACAGAAUCUAUGCGUCGUCUUUUUACGGUGACUGGGAUUUGCCUGCAUCACAAGGAACCGGUGUUGUUAGUUGGAGAAACUGGUAGCAGUAAGACAACCGUGUGCCAACUUUGGGCAGCACUUCUAAAUCGUCCUUUAAGCAUUGUUAACUGCCAUCAGCAUAGCGAAGCUGCAGAUUUUUUGGGAAAUCUUCGCCCUGCGCCUCCUAAUCAGCGAAGUAGAGCUAUUUUUGAGUGGCGUAACGGCCCACUUGUGGAGUGCAUGUUGCAGGGAAACAUGUUUCUUCUUGAUGAGAUUUCACUUGCCGAAGAUAGUGUACUGGAGAGAUUGAAUAGUGUAUUGGAGCCAUCACGGGUCAUUACACUGGCUGAAAAGAGUACAGCCGAUGUGAUUUACGCGCAUGAAAAUUUUAGGGUGUUUGCAACGAUGAAUCCAGGUGGGGACUUUGGAAAGAAGGAACUCUCUCCAGCUCUUCGUAACCGAUUUACGGAAAUCUAUGUUCGUCCUACAACUGAUGAGGCGGAGGUUACUAUGAUUCUCUCAACGCGGUUACUGCCUUCGCUUGAACCGUGGGCGAAAAGAAUGGCAACUCUUUUGUGUAAUAUCGCCCAUGCCACCACCUCGACUGGAGCUCCUCAACACAUUAGCAUUCGAGAUAUUAUCGCUUGGGUCUCCUUCAUGAAUGCGGCUAAUACACACUGUGAUGACAGGGUUGCAUUUAUGCAUGGACUGGAUGCUGUUAUACUUGAUGGUAUGGGCAUUGGUACAGGUCAACUUGAGAUUGGGUCUCGUCAAUUACGUGAAAUUUGUCUUGAAAAGGCGAAGGAACUUAGCGGGAUUGAUGAAAGUUGCCUACAGAUACCUUUCUGGGAACUAUUUGAUGCCUUGAAAGAGCCACAGUUACCGCCGGAGAUGGAGAGACGGUUUUUCUUUGGAGCACCUUCUACGCGUCAAAAUUUGUCAAAGCUGAUUCGUGCCAGUAUUAUGCGCAAUGCGAUCCUCUUGGAGGGAAGUCCGGGUGUCGGCAAAACAAGUAUUGUGGAAGCCUUGGGAUGCGCCUUUGGAAAACGUGUCGUGCGCAUCAAUUUGAGUGAUCAAACGGAUAUCAUGGACCUCUUUGGCACUUAUUUACCUUGCCCUUCGUCUGGUGAAGCCGAUGAGCCUCAGUUUGCAUGGUCCGAUGGAGUGCUUCUGCAGGCUCUCAAAGCUGGAUGGUGGGUAAUUCUUGAUGAAUUGAACCUCGCUAGUCAGGCCGUACUGGAAGGCCUGAAUGCCUUACUAGAUCACCGCUCUGCCGUUUUCAUUCCAGAGUUGGGUGAGGAAUUUCAUGCGGCUGAUGAUUUUCGUGUUUUUGCGUGCCAAAAUCCAUUGUUGGAGGGUGGUGGUCGUAAAGGGUUGCCGCGGAGCUUUUUGAAUCGAUUUACCAAGGUUCGCAUUGAGCCCUUUGAUGUGGAGGAUUUGUUGUGCAUUGCCUUUGCUGUGUGCCCAGAUAUUGACAGGAGUGUAUUGGAGAACAUGGUGCAGUUUGUAGGUGAACUGCAGCGUGAUGUGAUGGUAUAUCGUGCAUACGGGACGCGUGGGAGCCCGUGGGAGUUCAAUCUGCGCGAUGUGCUUCGAUGGGCGAAGCUUAUGGAGGCCUACCAGAAGUUGGAUAAACCCUGUGAGUUUAUUCAAACCUUAUUUAUUCAUCGCAUGCGCACGGAUGUAGACAAAACACAGGUGCAUCGCUUGGCAAGACGCUACUUUGGCGACACCGUUGAUGAAACACGGGCAAAUCAAGAAUCUGAUUUUCUUAUUGCCAACGAGGCUGUUUGCUUUGGGGGGUCAUUUCUGGCCCACCGAAUGCCGGUGCCUGUGGCACCGGACGUGCCCGUCCCGCUACUGCUCCUUCCCUCCAAGGCUGAUGUCAUUCGUUCCAUCUUGAUAUGUGCAGAGCAAAACCAAUUCUGUCUUUUAGUGGGUCCUAGUGGAGCUGGGAAGACGUUUUGUAUUCGAACUGCAGCCUCGCUUGUGGGCGCACGAUUAGUGACGUUUUCAAUGAAUGCAACCUGCGACACGGUGGACCUUCUUGGCGGCUUUGAUCAGGUGGAGGGCAAACAAGGUCAGUUUGCUUGGCGGGACUCUUUAAUUCUGGAGGCCAUGCUGUUGGGUCAUUGGCUUGUUCUUGACAAUGUGAACUACUGCAACGCUAGUGUGCUGGAUCGCCUCAAUCCACUUGUGGAACCAAACGGGAUGCUCUCAGUGAACGAGCAGGGACUUGUGGAGGGGAGGGUGCGGACGGUGCAACCGCAUCCAAACUUCCGUCUCUUUGCCACACUCGAUCCAAAGUAUGGUGAGAUUUCACGCGCUAUGCGGAAUCGUGCAGUAGAGGUGUACAUUGACCCAAUUUGUAUUCCCUCCUUUGAGAGCAUUGCGAUUGCGGGGGCCGUGUCUCCCUGUAAGAUGGUUAAAGUCCUUGAUAGGUUGGGCAACUACCACCGUGAGUUUGUUAUUGGGGGAUUUCAUGCCGAUUCCGCUCUGCCAAUGUCCUCCCAACUUUCAGAUGCUCUAGCAGCGGGAGCACCAAACACGUUUACACUUAUUAAAACAGCUGAAAUGCUGCCCAUGGAUGCCACACUGAGCGAUAUGAAAGCCGCUCUUCUUCACAAAUACAUUCGGAAUCGCUGUGGUCACUGGUUGGUCAACAAGCCUGUUGUGCUGGAGGCACUCGAUCACAUGAUGUCUGAGGAUUUGGAACACUCUGCGAGGUGUUACCCUCUUGUUACGGAUCUGCUAUCUGCUAUGAGUUUGACUGAGGGUGCGGAGGAGACAGAUGUGGAGUCGGCGUUGAUACGCAUUCGUGUACAUCGAAGUGGGUUAGGGUUAAAGACGUUGGUAUUCCUGUCAAACACCUCGUUGAUUCAACACUCCCUCCGGGACGUGCUGUUGUUUUUUCUGCUAGAGCAGUGUUCGGAUACUGUUGCGAGUGACAUGUUGACGUCCGCCCGAUGGAAGUUCCUCUCCUCUAUUUUGUCGACGCUGCCAGCGGAGGAUGAGAUGCGUGAAGCCUUGCUGCUGCUUUCCCCGCACUACGGCCAGAUAUCCCCAACAAGCCUGGAAUCUCUUUGGUGUCGUUCGAUGCAUAAAUUAGGACCAUGCGCCGCGUGGUGCAAGAGUAUAGGUGGCUCAUACAUUCUUGUUUCGGACUCCCCAGUGCUUAACAGUGCCUUUCAAGAGGUAUUUCGCCUCACUUUGGAGGCCACCUCUGGCAUUUUGAUUCCACGUCUUCUGCAGUGUAUCUGCCGCUACCUUUUCCCCUUGUUGCAGCUUCUCUUCGUGUCCAACCCACCAUUUCAGUUAACGGCAGACAACUUUGUUUUAUUGGUGACACACGUAGCGUUGAUUCGCUCUGUUGCAAAGAAACAAACGGUGUUUGAGGCUGGUGCUUUGCUUGAGGCGAUUGAUCAAUUUUUGGCCUCCCUCCGACGCUACCUUGACCUGCCGUAUCCGCUGCUCACGAGUAAGUCUGCCGUGCAAAGGAGUGUUAUCCGUCCGCACAUUACGAGCCUUGAUGAACGUUCUGCAUUUGCUGCAUGGAAUGCUGCCGCAACGGCUGCCACGCCGUCGCCAAUUGAAACCUUACUGAAAUCUCUUUGGCAUACUGCCAUCUUCCGUGCGGAAUUCGCGUUGGUGCAGCGCGUUCAACAGGCCCGCUGGGCCUCUUCCGCGUGGUCUGCGAAGUUCCUGCAGAGAGAUAUUCGCCAGUUCAUUGACUUGUACUGCACAAGGUUGCACGCGCUGUCCGAGUUGGAGGUUACGCUGUGGCGGGAGGUACUCAGCCUUCGGUUGCAGGAGGGUGGUGAUGAGCAGGCGUUGGCCGCGUUGGUGCCCUUGCUGACCUCGCACUUCAUUGCACGUCACGGGCUGGCGAGCGGGUGCCACAGUCUUCACGGGGCGUGGACGAAAGCGGCGUAUGAGACGCUGAAGUACGCUGCUGGUGUGUCCGUGAUAUCGAUGAGGGCAAAGCUGAAUGAACACACGGAGGUUAUGACAGAGCUAUUGAGGUUUUGCAACGUCUUGCCUGUUGUGGAUGCAAACCCAUUUGAGCAGUGGGAGCGUAACUCGCUGGAUGGGUUGCUUUCGUUGUUGAUUGUGUGUGCCCCACAUUUAUUUCGGACAGAAAUGGGAAUCGACGCACUUCGAUCGAAGUCUUCCACACAGGCUCUGGAGUUGUUGGAGGUGGUGCGUGCGGGAAUGCAGGGGUGCUGCGCGGACCCUCUUUUGAAUGCGGCCCGACCGCUGUUGCAGGUUUUAGCGAAUGAUCAAGGGGACACUCCAGAGGACUCGCUUCGGCGUGUGGCGUUGGUGGGCGCGUUGAAGUGCAGGUUUCUCCUCCCCUCGUCUCCCAUUGAUCCCAUGCAUAAGUGGCUGGUGAAGAAGGAGGUGGCACGGGUGGAGCUGGGGCGUCUCACGUGCAUGGAAAAGGCGUUUGCGUGGUCAGAGGAGAUCUCCAUGCGUAGUGAAAGUCAUCAACGACGCUUGGUACAUGAUCUCCUGACAGCGGAGGAGGCUUUGCUUCUGAAGGCCACUGGGAAGAGCGUUGCUAGACCUGACCCGUCAGGCGCAAAGUUUGCCCGCCUUGUAAGUGUGCUGCACCAAAUGUGCAACACCGCCUUCUCAGACGAUCGCCUUGCCGUAGUGCUGUACGAGAAGCGCCAGGAAGCUUACACCGCGCGACUGACGUGGAGCGAGCUACUUUAUCGGCAGAUGACGGAGAUGUUAGAAAACUACGGCGGCUACGAAGACGUCACACUCACCAUGGCAGAACCAGCCCUCUUGUCAGCGUUGGCAGCGCACGUUAGUUGUCAUUUGCAGCCUUCUGCACGUGCCAGCAACAAAGCACUUUUCAGCAUGUCCGAGGCGGUACGCAUGAUGCAUUUCCCGCAUAUUGCUGUGUCGUCGGUGACCCUUCCUUCCUUGGCGACGCACGCACUGGAGCACCGGCUGGCAUACCUUGAUUCUUGCUUGAUGCUGGUGCAAGGGACCCCGGCACGGAUCCUUAAGCGGGAGUUUGUGGAGCAUUUGUUUGACGCCUACCGCGAGUUGUACCGCACAGUGGAGGAGCUGGAGGCAAAGGAACGCCGCGAGGAGGAGAUAGCCGUCUUGUAUGCGGAGAAGGCGAUCACCAUUGAGGGGGACGAUGAGAAGCACCUGCGGGCCUUGAAGAAGCUUUUCCCAAGCUACGAGGAGGACUUCAUUCGCAUGCGUGACGCUGUGGAGGACAUCCAUGAAACCGCGGCGGAGGCUACGGACUGUCUGGAGCCGUCCAUAUCGUCUCAAUGUUUUGCAGUGGAGCGUGCGGGACGGCAUGCGCGUCUCAUGUUGUCAGGCUCGCAAGGGGCACGCUACGUGCGGCACCUCAUUGAAGUCCAUCAUUACUUUUUUGAAAGACUGUUGGCGUUGCAGGACAACUCCGUCUUUGAUGGAGAGAAGGCGCUGCACGCGUUUGCGCAACGCUUUGACAUUCUUUCUAGUGAAUUGCAUCGCUUCGGGUUUAACGGCAUAUCUGAGACCGGCAUGAUCUUGCCUGCGGCGGAGGAGCAGCUGCUGCUUGGGGGGUUUGCGGCACGCGCGGUGUUAGUCACACGUGAAUUGCUCCCGGCGGAGGUGUCAUUGGAGGAGAAGCGUGCCAGUGGAUUUAACAUCUUCACCGAUCCGGCUCCGUCGGAGAUUCGAGCCUUCAGUGCGUCACUGCAGGAUCUUCUGCAGGCGGUGGAAAAUCUGCGAACAACGUACCCUGACACCCCAUCGCUGCUUCGCUGCUCUCGCAUAGCGAAUGGAAUUGGUGCCCUGCCAGCACUCACCACACCCCUCAUGAAAAUUAUGACAGGGUGCGAGGUUCUUUUGCGGGAGUGUUAUGAAUGGGAACGCAACGCCUCGCGUGACACCUCAAUUUUACUUCACAUGACGAAGUUAUCUUCGUUUGUCCUGCGCUGGAGGAGACUUGAGCUUCACUGCUGGUCACAAGUUUUCAAGGCGAAGCGGGAGGAGUGGGAGCUGAAGGCUGGCAUGCAGUGGUUCAGUCUCUAUGACCUCGUCAACGGUGGGGACACACUAACAGGUGAGGCCUUGUCUGAGCGCUGCCUGCUGCUCUUUCGCCACUGCAUGGACUUUAUGUGGGGGGCACAGUACGGUGAUUUUCAUGUGCGGCUUCGUCUGCUGAGAGCCUUCGCCCUGCAUCUCGUGGCAUCCUCCUCGUCCUCCUCGUCCUUGUUAAUAUUUGCAUCGGCGUCACCGCUAGCCAACGUUGCAAUGCAUUUGGUGGAUUUCUUUUCUCAGUUUUUGCCGCUUGUGUCGGAAAAGCUGCGGGCUGCUUUGUUGCCGCUUGAGGAGGAUAUGGAGGCGUUCACGCGCAUCAUGCGCUGGGAGGAUUCCACUUACUACGCCGUGCGUGCCACGGCGGAGAAGUCACAUCUCGAAAUGGGACGUGCCUUGGCGGAGUUGGACAAAAUUCUGCGAACUCCCGUACUUGGGGUCAUAGCAGGCGAGGAGCAGCGCUGUGAAGAGGAUGCGGCGAUGGGGUUUGUUCUACCCUCAGAGGAGCUGAAAGGGAGGGCAAAACCCAAACUGCAUCGCUUCAGCAGUGAUGGAAACAACAGAAUCAAUAACGGCCAACCGACGACGGGCUCAAAGCGAACUCGGUCCGGCAAACAAAUUCCCAAGGAGGCUAUGACGCGGAAGCAGGACGACGCAGUCGUGGCGGGCGGUUGUGUGGGUCAGGGGGUACAAUUUCUUACUGACUCCGCCGAGGAAAUUAUUGAGCGUGUGAAGUCGUUGCAGGCACAAGGGGUGCCGCAGAGUCAAAAAUUGCGGGCACUUAAGAUUCUUUUUCAGACCAUGGAGGAAAGCGGUGUGCCUCACACACAUGAGGAGCAGGUUUCCCCUUGGGAGGAGCUUUUUGCAUCCACCAACGCGUUAUUGACCUGUCGCAGCGUGCAUGGUCACCUUGCCGUGAGCCAGCAGGUUGAGGAGGCUGCGGCGGAGCACUACCGCUUUGCCCGUUGGAUACAGCGUAUGCGGGAGGCGGAGCGGCAUCCACACAAGGAUCUUAGUGGGGCCCAGGUAAAGCGCGGCACAGGCACCGUGGAGUCCUUGUUUGCGCUUGCAGUGGAAGAAACAGAGUUAAUUGGCACUCUUUACGAGGUACUACAUCAAGUCACUCUUGUGAGAGGUGGUGUGGCAACUUGCGAGGAGUUUGCCGUGCCAGGUGGAGGUGAGUUGCUGCACACAUCGCUUGAAGUCUGCGUUCAACUGCAGUGCUUCCUGCACCACACCCGAUGGCUGACACAGGAACAAGUCUUUGGGCUGGAUUCUGCUGUUAACACCAUUGAUGAGCUAUCUCGCGGGACCGAAGAGCUUUGGAAGCUUUGUCUCGCGUCAGAAGCUCAGCGCCGCACCGAUGUUUGUGUAACAGAUGCCAUUUUGGGGCAACAUACCACAUUGCACAUGCAACUUCGUGGUGUCUGCGCCAGGUUGUGCAACACCGGGGUUGGCUGCGUCGACGCCGCAGCGUCCGCGGUAUGUGUGUCGCUCAAUAGAGCAUUAUCGGUGUGUACAGGUGUCACGGAGGCAACCGCGGUUAAUACGAAGCGGACACGGACAGAGAAUGGUUUAGCGUGGCACCAGAAGGUUCAACAACUCCUGAAUGAGCUGGAGAUGGUGUAUAAGGAGGACGAUGUUGACAGUUCAUCCCCUGGGCUUCUAGAUGCUGGUGACGAUACCGCUCACGGCGGCGAUGCGGGGGCGGCUGCGGUGUACCAUCGCUACGCUACCGCACUGAGGGAGUUGAAGCGCAAUUCGCAGAGCAUCACUUUAUCACUCCAAGCGUUGCUGUGUGACCCAGUGAAGCAGCGGCGUAUCUCCUCAGGGCUUCGACAGGAGUUGCUGGUGCGCCUCGACACCAAUCUUGGGCGCAUUGCGACGCUUUUGCAAGAGGCGGCCGUGGUGUUGCGGGCGCAGUCGCACUUGGGUCUUGUACUCUCGCGACUGUUCUGCAUUUUGUUGAAGAAGGGCUUCUGCAAGCCGGAAGAACAGGACGAGGAGGAGAACGACGAUGGCGACGGCGGCGACGGGGAGCAGAAGGACGGCACGGGCAUGGACGACGGCCAAGGCGAGAAGGAUGUGACGGACCAGAUAGACAACGAGGAUCAGCUGAUGAACAUGAAGGACAAGGAGGAGCAGGAGCAGGAGGAGCAGGAGCGGAACGGCGACGAGGAGGACAAGGCCGCCGAUGUGGAGACGGAUUUUAAGGGCAAUAAGGAACAGCGGGAGGCGGAGGAUGACGAGGAUGAGGAUGAGGACGACGACGCCUCCAUGAAAGAGAUGGGCAGCGUCGAUGGUGAGGAGGCUCAGGAGCGCAAGCGCAUGAAGAAGGACAAACACGACGGCAACGACAUGAACAGUGACGACGGCGGAGACGCCGAGGAGGUUCCCGAGGAUGCGUUUGGCAAUGAAGAGGCCGGUGACGAGGACGACGGUGACGCGAGCAACGAAGAGACGGGCAACUUUGAAAAUCGCGAGGAGGCGCUGCAGGAGGCGGAGCGGAAGCUUAACGAGGGCGAACACGAGCUGGUGGCAGACGCGGAAGGCAUAGCCGACACCGACGAGGACACCGAUGGCGAUGACGACGGCCACAGCAGCCGUAGUAGCAGCAGCUGCGGGGACAACGACGACGAGCGUAGCCGCAGCGGCAGCCACCCGGGAGACGCGUCGAAAGACCCGCAAGGCGCGGAAGAAGACGAAGGCGAGGAUGCAGCGCACGAGGAGAGGCUCAGCGGCGGCGACGACGACGGCAGUGAGUGGGGUGAAGAUGAGGAGUCGGCCGCCUCCUGCACCAGCGAAGGUGACAGGGCAGACGAGAACGUGUUUCAUGGUGGGUUGCAGGAUGAACACGCCGGUGAGGAGGCGACGGAGCGGAUGAACAACGCAGAGGACAAGGAGAAGCGUGAGAAGCAGCGGCCCCAAGACGCCGCGGGCGUAGAGCAGGAGCAGCAGCCGGACGAUGAUCAGCAGCCGGAUGACGCCGGACGAAAUUGGCAGCGGCAGGAGAAGAACGAUCCCUCACGGCAGCGGGACAACACGGAGCGCAGCGCUUCGUCUCGCAACCCGUAUCGCGCCAUUAAGGAAGCGUUGCAACGUCACGAACGGCAGGUACAGCAGUUGAACCUUGAUAGAAACGUCAACGUGAAGAAGCAAAAGUCGUCCGAGCAACGGCAUCAGAAGCAGGAGGAAGAACGGGAUGUCAAUGACGACGAUGCGAUCGACGAAUUUGAAUUCGAUGAGGAGGGCGACCGUGAAGGCAUGGCAGCCACUGAUGAGAAGCCGAUGCCCGUCACGGACGCGGAGCGUGACUUGCCGGAGAUGCAGGAGGCGGAGUCCGACGGGGCAGACAGCGAGUGUGAGGCACCAGACGACACGUCACGGCGUCGUCGCAAGUCGGCCCUUGACACAACACUCAAAGAAGAGAGCGACGAGGACGAGGAGGAAGAUGCGGGUAGUGCGGAGGAGGAUCCUGACAAGAGCCGGGGCAAGCGGCGUGUUAAAGUCACUGCAAAAAAAGCCGCGGAGGAUGAUCAGAUGGACGAGGAGGUGGAGGAGGAGGAUGGGCUGGACCAGCAGCAAGACACACUUGAUGUGGGGGAAAAGAUGAGCCGCGGCCGCAAGCUCUGGCAGGAGCAAGUGGCUGCAGUUCAGGGACUGUCGCACCACCUCUGCGAACAGCUGCGUCUCAUUCUCGCCCCCACGUUGGCGGACAAGCUGCAGGGCGACUACAAGACAGGCAAACGUCUAAACAUGAAACGAAUUAUUCCCUACAUUGCCUCGCAGUUUAAGAAGGAUCGCAUCUGGCUGCGGAGGACGAAGCCAAACAGGCGCAAUUAUCAGAUUCUAGUUGCACUUGACGAUUCCUUUAGCAUGCAUUGCAACAACGCUGGUGUGAUGUCAUGCCGUGCGGUGGCUCUCCUGGCUGAGGCGUUGCGGCAACUUGAGGUUGGGGAGUUAGGUAUCGCCUGCUUUGGUAAAGAAACACGCAUUGUGCACGAGUUACAGGAGCCCUUCAUGGGCGACAGCGGCCCACGCGCCUUCAGCGAGGUUACUUUUGCUCAAAAGUCGACUAGUCUGAAACUACUGCUGGAGACUUCGUUGGACUACCUGGACUCUGCGCGGGAGCGCAUCCACGGACAGACUCGCUCUACCUCUCAGCAGCUGCAGCAGAUGAUGUUUAUCAUUAGUGACGGGCAAAUCACAGAGGAUCGUCAGGAGUUGCGCAGGCUGCUUCUGCGAGCAGAGGAGAAUCGUCAAGUUGUCGUGUUUGUGCUGCUUGACGUCAAGGCUACGGUUUCUCCCACUACGGCUACAGCAGCUGCUGCUGCGGAGGGAUGUGCGGCGCAGACAGGGGCCGAGCGAUCGUCGCUUGCCCCGCUUGCUGCGAAGGACCUCGCCCGUCUCACCCCGGCAGAGCGCAUGCGGCGUCUGAAGGCGGAGAGAGAGGCGCGCCUGCAUCGUGUGCAGUCGAGCUCCAUCCUGGACAUGCAGCUGGUGGAGUUUAAGGGCGGUAAGGUGGUGCGUCGGUCGUACAUGGAGGAGUUCCCAUUCCCGUAUUACCUCAUCGUGCGGGAGCUGGAGACGCUGCCUGGAGCCAUCGCAGACGCCAUGCGUCAGUGGUUUGAGCUGCUUAACGUGCAGCAUUGA